AUGUGUAUUCGUACACUCUGCUGCUGCCUCUGCCGAAGGCACAAGAAGAAGAAGCAGGCCGAGAAAGAAAAGGCCAUGCGCCAACAAUACGGGCCCCGACCUGUCCAGCCCGGCACGGGAUAUCACCACAACUACUACUACCAGAACGGGUACUACCCCCAGGGCCCGUCGGCGCCCUACAAGAGCAGCUACAACAACCGGAACAAGAAGAAGAACAAGAAGAUGAAGCACAAAUACUACGACGAUCGGUACGAUAUGGAUUUUGGCGGAGGCGAUGAUGGAGGUUGCGGGUGUUCCGGGGGAGACGGAGGAGGAGGUGACGGAGGUGGUGGAGAUGGUGGUGGUGGAGGAGGAGGAGACGGCGGCGGCGGUGGAGGAGCCGCGUAA